CUGUCCCAAGUACUCUUCACACUUUUCUUAUCACUGUCAACGAACGAAUACCAUUAUGGGAAUACCCGCAUACGAAGAUUUUUUGAGACAAAUAAAAAUAAACAUGUGGGUAUCGGGAAUUCCGUUUGGCGAUACAAAAAUAUAUAUCAGAUACUACAUUCUGUUGUCUUUGUUAAUAUCUAUGAUCAUAGCAGAAGGUUCUUUUUUUGUAUCGAGAAUUUCAUCGGAAAAUUUCCUCGAAUUAACCCAAUUAGCUCCGUGUGCAUGUAUUGGGUUGCUGUCCUUUUUGAAAAUAUUGCCUAUAACAGUGAAGAGACGUAAAAUAUUCGACCUUACAGAACGUCUAGGACGUCUCUAUGAAAAUAUAUUGGACGAUACUACGAAGAAAGCUAUUGUAAAACGUGAAUUGCAUCUUUUAAGCCUGCUCACAAAGUAUUUUUUCGUUCUGAAUGCUGUUCUUAUUUCCGUUUAUAACUUCUCCUCGCCGAUUAUAAUGCUUUACCAAUAUAUAGCCAAAAAUAAAGUUGUGUUCGUACUGCCUUAUGCUGUGCUGUUGCCGUUUCCAACUGAUGGUUGGUUGUCAUGGUUCCUAGCGUUUGUUUAUUCAGCUACUUGUGGUUGUAUUUGCGUCUUAUUCUUUACAACUAUAGACGUAUUGUACUGUGUGCUUACGUCACACGUGUGUAACAACUUCUCAAUAAUAAGUGAUCAACUUCAACACUUACAAGUUAACAAUGUUAACAUAAUAGGAAAUAUUGUUAAGGAACAUCAGUAUAUUUUAAAACUUGCUGAUGACUUGGAAGAUAUAUUCACAGCGCCCAAUUUGUUUAAUGUUUUAGUCGGCUCCGUAGAAAUAUGCGCUCUUGGAUUUAACUUGACGACCGGAAAUCUAGCCCAGUUACCGGGGACAAUUUUAUUUCUCACAUCAGUAUUACUUCAAAUAUUGGUGAUGAGCGUAUUCGGAGAAAAUAUUAUUACGGAGAGUAGAAAAAUAGGUGAAUCUGCGUUCCUGUGCAAGUGGUACGAAAUGGAUGAAAAAUCUAAGAAGAUGAUUCUGACGAUAAUGAUUAGAUCGCGCAAGCCUCAAAUUUUGACCGCAUACAAAUUUUCAAUAAUAAGCUACGGGAGUUUUAGCAAGAUUAUCAGCACAUCGUGGUCCUACUUUACAAUACUACAAACAGUCUACAAGCCUCCGGAAAUUAAUCGUGAACAAUAAUAUUAAGUAAUACCGACUAUAAACUGUAGACAUAGAUAUAUUAUUCAUGUAAUAAACACCUAUUGAGUGCACUAUAUUCGAAGAAAAUAAAUGUAUAUUACGCACCACGCAGACGUUGUCAGCUGUUAAUAAAAACACAACACAAAAUGCGACAACCAGAUGUCAUUAUUCGUUUUCUUAUAAUUACUGUGAAUAUAAACAAGAUAUAGAUACUAUUUAAGUAAUAUUGUUCUGAACUGCGAUAUCAGCUGAGACGUUGUCAAGGCACAGACAGCAUCUUAAUACCGUCGCUAUUUAAUAAAUAGAUAUUAACAGCAUCUCAAAUGAUAUCUUAAGUUACAGCAUAUGACGGAUUUUGAUAGCUAUAUUUUGUUUAUAAAGCCGCGUCGACUCAGCUAACAAUCGGCGCGUAAAUGACUGCUCAAGAUUUGUUUAUUAAAUAAUUCAAUACAUUAAAUGGCUACUUAAGAUUCUACUCAACGGUGAGUAAGAUCUGAAGAAGAAGUUUUAAUAAACCGAUCUCAAUCGGUUCAUUAAUACGGCACUAAAUAGCCUCAAAUAAAUCCCUACACCAAACUGUCAACUCAUUUGUUGAUUGGACGCAAAGUAGAGCAUAUUCAUUGCAAAACAACACGUAAUUUGUUGACAAGUAUUUUUUAUCAAAACAAUGACAUGUAUUUUUUAUUAUACUAAGCGGAGGGACAGUGCGAACCCUAAUGACUAAGAAACUAAAUAGCAGGAACACAAGAAUAGUGAUUAAGUUUAGGAGUUGCAGGUAAGUGCGGGCAUUAUCUUUAAGACAAUACGUUUCUUAUACUUUAUUUAGAUAGCUAGAUGGCUUGGUCGGAUGAAUUGCCAAACGCUAUCAGAUAUUACAUCAUAAAUUAAAAAGUAUGAUUUUAUUACUGUUGUUUCGGUAAAUAUUUAAAA